AUGCCGUUUGCGCAGCUUGUGAUCGGCCCUCCUGGGUCCGGCAAGUCGACAUACUGCAAUGGAAUGCAGCAGUUCAUGUCUGCCAUCGGGAGGAAAUGCUCGAUAGUCAACUUGGAUCCAGCUAACGACCAGACUUCUUAUGCACCGGCAGUAGAUGUGCGAGAGCUCGUUACACUAGAAGAGAUCAUGAAGGAAAACACUCUCGGCCCCAACGGAGCUGUCCUGUAUGCGCUAGAGGAGCUCGAGGAGAACUUUGAGUGGCUCGAGGAUGGACUACACAACCUUGGAGAGGACUAUGUUCUGUUCGACUGCCCCGGUCAAGUUGAAAUAUUUACACACCACAGCUCACUAAGGAAUAUGUUCUUCAAGAUCCAAAAACUUGGAUAUAGACUAGUUGUAGUACACCUGGUCGACUCUUAUAACCUCACGCUUCCAUCAAUGUACAUCUCAGCGCUGCUGCUAUCGCUUCGGGCAAUGCUUCAGAUGGAUCUCCCUCAUCUGAACGUGCUCACGAAGAUUGAUAAUCUCAGCAAAUAUCCUCCCCUCCCCUUUAACUUGGACUUCUACACCGAGGUCCACGAUCUCUCGCAUCUGAUACCGCAUCUGAACGAGGAAGCGCCGUGGCUAGCAAACUCCAAGUUUGACGCCUUGAACUCUGCAAUAGUCGAGCUAGUGCAGGAUUUCAGCCUGGUAGGAUUCGAGGCCCUGGCGGUAGAGGAUAAGAAAAGCAUGAUGAGCUUGCUCCAUGCGAUUGAUCGCGCGGGCGGGUAUGCGUUUGGAUCCGCCGAGGGAGCCAACGACACGGUCUGGCAGGUUGCAGUUAGAGAAGGUAUGGGAGUAAUUGAUGUAAAGGAUGUGCAGGAGAGAUGGCUAGAUGCAAAGGAUGAGUGGGAUGAGAAGGAGAGACAGGACUUGGAGGCCGAGGCCAGGGCAAGAGAAACGACUUCAGGAGGCCAUGCUAGCGGCGGCGACGACGAUAUGGAUAUGGACGAGUCGAUGUCAAAUGUUCCGCCCAACAACGGCAUCAAGGUAGUAAGGAAGAAUAAAUAG